AUGAGCCAAAUUCAGGAUAUCUCACAGUUACGUGAGUUUCUUACCGUGUAUAACACCUUGACGGAGCGUUGCUUCAACAAUUGCAUCAGUGACUUCAACGCCCAUAAGCCAUUAGUACAGGAACAGGACUGUGUCAAUAAGUGUAUUGACAAGUCUAUGCGAGUGAAUCGUCGUUUGAUGCUAAGUUUUGCUGAACUUGGGCCCAAACUUUUAUUCAAGCAAGGACAACCUACAGGAACCGAGAGUGUAAAAGUAAAUUUGCGUUUU